UUCAGUGAAGCGUGACUAGCUGGCUUCCACUGUGGACACUGUGCUCUGGGAUUCUAAUAAAGGCUGCUACACACACAUGCACACACACACACACACACACACACUGAAACACCAGACCUGGACUACAUCAGAAAACAGAACGUGGAUUUAUAGGACAGCGGGUAACUUUUCUUAAUUCAUACGAACGCUUUUCCCAGAGAGAUUGCGCUGGACUGUAUGGAGUUUGCUGCUUGACCUGAGUAUGCAGUGGAGCCAGCCAUUUCAACCGUACAAUACAGACCACAAUACUGACCACAUUAUGGACCACAGAACGGAUCACAGUACUGACGACAGCGCUGAAGACAUUGCAGACCGCGGGGACUCUGCCGACAGCAGGGGGCGCCUGUACCACCCCAGCCGGUGGUCCUCUGACAGUGAACUGGACAGAAGGUGGGGCUAUAAAGGGGAUGGUGGGGGGCGCCUGGCCCUGCAUCAGUACUACAGUCAAUUCUACAGGGAGAACCGCUCGGCCUCUUGCCCUCCCGCCCCUGAACACAGAGACCUCUCCCCCUUGUGUCACCCUGAAACUGCGACACGGACCGGGGGGCACAAACCCAUCACCACUGAGCGGCUCCUGACAGCCCCAUUGGGGGUACUGGAGGCCAACGCUGCUAGGCCUGAGGACCAGUGGGACAACAGCAGGUGUUCUACCCCAGGUUCAGUGGGCAUGUCCGACACUGUGGAGCCAUGGGUGCACAUCCAGCACCCCUGGGAUCACAUCCCCAAUGUUUCCGGCGGUGCCACAGGGGAAGCGGGGUACCUGGGUGGAACGACCAUCCUGGGCCCCAAUCAGGGACCCCUUCAGGAAAGGGCAGGGGAAAAGGGCUGUGAGCCCCCCAAACCGCUGGCCAAACACAGCCUACCUCCACAGGAGCACACAUCCACAUCCCACAGACCCAAGGAGUGCUUAACUUCUAACCCGCAUAAUGAGAACCAGGAGAGCAAGACUAAACUGACCAAACCCCAGAUACACUGGGACAAGGGGGAGAAGCAGGAGCAUCUCCUGUGUGGAGGCCCUGCCGGGAUAAAGGCCCCUCCUCCCUCUACUUCACAGCCAGUCAAUUCCCGCCAGGGUCAGAGGUCCCCAACCAACACACCCAGUGGAUCCUGUAAUAACCCCGCCCCUGCCUCCGCCACCCCGGCUCUUCCCGUCCACAGAAGCCCAGCCAUAAGGGAGGCUGCACUGCCAGGCAGGGCCCAUAGGUGGCGCUGGACCCCGGAGCACAAGCUGCAGCCAGAGUUUGAGCCUGAGGGCAGGAGGGUGAAGCCCUAUCACUCGUCCGGAUCAGAGGAGAGCGACAUUCCUCCCUUCGCCGAACGCAUGCGCUUCUUCGAGGAGACCAGCAGGAGUCGCUCUGUCUCACACCUGCCUGGACUGAUGUGCCGUGCCCAAAAGCCCAAAGUGCACCCCAGCAACCACAGGAGGUACUCCUAUCAGGACCCUGAGCUCUGCUGUACUCCAGAGGCAUUGGCGCAGACUGUUAGCCCCAGAGAGAGAGGAGAGCCCUCGAACCCGGAGCAGAACUGCAGCAGCAGAGCACAGGGGCCUGAAGACCCCAAGCUGGGCCUUAGCGUAGAUGUGCAGUGCAGCAGCUCCCUCUGUGAUUCUAGCACCUUCCGUCCAAUCACUGUUCCGGGCCACCAGGACCGCUCUCAACAGCAGCAAGAUAGUAACACCCCGACUGAGGUACAGCUCAGGGGGGAGAAUGAACAAACACAGCCCAAUGGGAAAUUCAGCCCAACACAGAGGGAUCGCUGUUGCACUGGAGACCUCCAGACAGCAGAGGGUACCCUAACACAAGGCUGCCAGAGCCCGAGGGAUGCAUCUGAAGUGCUUGAGAGACUGUCUGAGUGCAGUGGGGAAGUGGGAGCAAGGCAGAGCCAGAAACAGGUGGCCGCCAUUUCUGAAAAUGAAAUUGGCGUUUGUGAGCAACUGCAGCAGCUGGACCCGGGUGCUACCCUACUCCAAGCGGCCAUGCAGGGGGAGAUGGGGGAGAGCAGCGAGCGGCCGAAGAGGAAGAAGGACCCCCCGCCUCGCCCCCCGCCUCCAAACUGGGCGCAAUUCCACGGCAGGAGGGCGUCCUGUCACAAUCUUCUCUCCUCCCCCCCCUCCCCGCCCCCCUCUCCAACCAGGCCGGGGAGCCCCUUACACCCCCUUCCCUGCCCCGAGGUCACCCGCCAGCGCUCCCACAGCUGCCCCCUGAGAGACGGAGGGGAGAGCCGACUGCUUGGCCCCAACCUCCCUCCUGGCCCCGCCCUCAGUCCUGGCCCCCCUCUCACACAGAACCCCGCCCUCCCCGCCAGCUCCGCCCUCAUGCACAGGGCGUUCAGGCCUGUGGUGCCCCCUGUUGAGCAAAGCCUGCCGCUUCGACACCCUGAUCCCCUGAGGUUGACUGACAUGCCUGUAUUAGCUGAGCCACACCCCAGGUUCUAUGCCUUGCAGGGGAGACCCUUCAACGGGGACGACAGACGCGACGCUCUAGAGCGACAGGUGGAGGCGAGGAAAGAAAGACGCCUUGCUUUUGAUGCUCAGCACAGAUUGGAAGUACCUGUCUACAGUGUUCAACGCAGUUCGGGGGUACCUGCCUACGGUCCUCAGCACAGUUCAGGGGUACCAACCUACAGUCCUCAGCACAGUUUGGGGGUACCUGCCUACAGUCCUCAGCAUAGUUUGGGGGUACCUAUUGGAGAAAAUGGCUCUGUAUUAAAGGGCCACUUACCAGAGCCGUACUUCACCCUGACCUGUGAGCGGCACGGACCACAAAGCCGGACGUUUAGCAGGAACCCGAAGCUGGGGACCAUGCCCACCCACAACACAGUGAGGGGGGGAGAAGACACGCCCUUGGAGACUGACAUUGACCAGUUUUUGGAGGAACAGAAGGUCCGAUGCUCCUCCAGGCCCACGGCGGUCCUGGAGACGGAUUUAGACAGUCUCCCCGAGAUGCUGGCCUUGCCACCGGCCGCAUGGAGGGCUCAUGGUGGCUCCCUGGUGGACCUCCUUCUGGAGGGAGGCCCUGGAGCCCGCACCAGGACUGACUUGAUGGGGGAGCUGCUCCCACAAGGUGGGGAAAGACGGGAGGGCAGGGAGACUUGGAGGGGUGGAGGCGGCGUCUUGGGGCUUGGUCCAGAUGCACUGCAGAGCUCUGCGUGGGGUUUUUAUGCUUCUCAAGGCCCAGGAUCCAGCCACUCCUCGUAUUACAGCACCUCCUCAGCUGAGGACCAGCUGCUAACCCAGGCCCAAGUGCUGCCAGGGAGGAAGGAGGAAGGAGACGAUGAGCUCUCCUACAAGAAGCAACAGGUGAUGGAGUGCGUGCGGAGGAGGCUGGGCGUGCUGCGGGAGGCGCAGCGGGGCCUGCAGGAGGACGUGCGGGCCAACGCGCGGCUGGGCGAGGAGGUGGAGGCGCUGGUGCGGGCCGUGUGCCGGCCCAGCGAGGCGGACCGGUUUCGCACGGUGAUCGGGGACCUGGAGAAGGUGGUGUCCCUGCUGCUGUCCCUCUCCAGCCGGCUGCUGCGUGUGGAGACGGCCCUGGAGGACCUCAGUGCCGAGAACCACCACGAGCGGUUCCGCCUGCUGGAGAAGAAGCAGCAGCUGCUGGCCCAGCUGACGGAGGCGCAGGAGCUGAAGGAGCACGUAGACGGGCGCCAGCAGGCUGUGUGCAGGGUUCUGGCGGGGUGCCUGACGCCGGAGCAGCUGCGCGACUACAGCCACUUCCUCCGGAUGAAGGCCGCCCUGCUGGUGGAGCAGCGGCAGCUGGAGGACAGGAUCCGGCUGCAUGAGGAGCAGCUGCGAGCCCUGAGAGAGAGCCUGCCGCCCAGCAAUGGCUCCCCCGCAGGCCUGGAGUACUCCUACUACUGACACACUACUGACAGCGGGGCUGAGAUAUCCUACUACUGACAGACUACUGACAGCGGGGCUGAGAUAUCCUACUACUGACAGACUACUGUCAACAGUGGCUGAGAUAUCCUACUACUGACAGACUACUGACAGCGGGCCUGAGAUAUCCUACUACUGACAGACUACUAACAGCGGGCCUGAGAUAUCCUACUACUGACAGACUACUGACAGCGGGGUUGAGAUAUCCUACUACUGACAGAGGGCUUGAGAUAUCCUACUACUGACAGACUACUGACAGCGGGGCUGAGAUAUCCUACUACUGUCAGCAGGGCUGAGAUAUCUUACUACUGACAGCAGGGCUGAGAUAUCCUCCUACUGACAGCAGGGCUGAGAUAUCCUACUACUGACAGACUACUGACAGCAGGCCUGAGAUAUGCUACUACUGACAGACUACUAACAGCGGGGUUGAGAUAUCCUACUACUGACAGACUACUGACAGCGGGCUUGAGAUAUCCUACUACUGACAGACUACUGACAGCGGGGCUGAGAUAUCCUACUACUGUCAGCAGGGCUGAGAUAUCUUACUACUGACAGCAGGGCUGAGAUAUCCUCCUACUGACAGCAGGGCUGAGAUAUCCUACUACUGACAGACUACUGACAGCGGGCCUGAGAUAUCCUACUACUGACAGACUACUGACAGCGGGGUUGAGAUAUCCUACUACUGUCAGCAGGACUGAGAUAUCUUACUACUGACAGCAGGUCUGAGAUAUCCUACUACUGACAGACUACUGACAGUGGGGCUGAGAUAUCCUUCUACUGACAGACUACUGACAGCGGGGUUGAGAUAUCCUACUACUGUCAGCAGGGCUGAGAUAUCUUACUACUGACAGCAGGGCUGAGAUAUCCUCCUACUGACAGCAGGGCUGAGAUAUCCUACUACUGACAGACUACUGACAGUGGGACUGAGAUAUCCUUCUACUGACAGCGGGGCUGAGAUAUCCUACUACUGACAGUGGGGCUGAGAUAUCCUACUACUGACAGACUACUGACAGUGGGGCCAAGAUAUACUACUACUGACAGACUACUGACAGUGGUGCUGAGAUAUCCUUCUACUGACAGCGGGGCUGAGAUAACCUACUACUGAGAGCAGCGCUGGGCUAUGCUAAUUACUGACCGGAACUACUGACAGAACUGGGCUUCAUCUACUACUGAUGGGACUGGGCUACCACAGUGGGGGGCCAACAUUCCCCUCUGAUCCAGGGGGUUGUGGUUUAAUGAGUAGCACUCUCAUUUCAUUGCUGCUGUAAAACUGGAGGGAGCAAACAGGGAUGCAGAUCUUUCAAAUGCGGUGCUCUGGAAUGAUGCCUCCAUGGAUCUUCAUCUCCAAAUUAUCACUUGCAGUACUUCCUGUUUCCAAAGUCUUCAGUGUUUAAUGAUGAACAUGCAUUCAAGCAGGACUGACUGUGUUAUUUAUUUAUUUUAUUUAUUUCUGCGUUCAUGCGUGGGGCGAUUAAGGUGAAUAUGGGAGGAAGUGGAGGGGUCGUGGUGCCUGGUUAUGAGGCACGUCUACAGGCAGACAGACAGACAGAAAACGUUUGUCACAUAUGCCUGGGAGCAGGCAUUAAUAUACAGCACAGUAACCCCAGAACAAUAAAUUAAAUACUUUUAAACAGACCAUUCUUCAUAAUAAAUUCAGCUCUUAGUGAAAAAGUUUCCACAGAGCACAUUGCGAAGGGAGAGUUCUUGUUUGGACUGAUAUAACUGCACGGGCUAAAAGAUGGGAGGGGCUGAUGCAGUGACACAAAGGAACCAAUCACAAUGGCUUGUGGCCAGUCACAUAAACAAAGCUUCCUUCAGAUGAGUCUUGCAGAAAUGUACUGAUGUGACUGCUGGAUGGCGCCACAGCUUAUCUGAUGUCAACUGUCCUGCUUUGGGUGAAACUAUUGCUGUGACUAAAUACUUUGAAUUGUAUUCAUUGUACCAAAAAUGCUGUAAAAAUAAACCACUGACAUGUGUUAACUUCC